AUGGCUAUUUUUAUCUUCGUCAACGUGGUUUCAGGCUCCUCUGGUGCACUUGGCUGUGGGGGUGGACGGACUACGUCCGUGCGCUUCAGGACCCUGCAAGUGCGGGGCCCCAAGUCGAUGGUGACUUACAUACGUUUCUCAAUCACGGAGAGCGAUUUGGCAUUCGCCACUAAUGCGUCCAAGAAAAUCACUGCGUCAGAUGUGGUGCAGUGCGCGAGAAGCUCAGCCUUGGCGGAUAUGACUGCCUUUGCUUUCGAUGGAACCUGCAUGGCUUACCAAUUCAAUAGUAAGCCUUGCUCCUGUCAUGGUGGCGAAAAAGUUAUUUACGUGGCAAAUUCCAGCAUUUCCUACGCACCACCUGCAACUGUGCCUUUCAGCACCGCUCUCUACAUCAACACCACUGUCGAAAAUAUCGAAUUCAAGCAGUACCAGCUCGCGAAUUUCUUCUCGGAUGUUUUUUCUGACUUUGUAUACUCACUUGAGGGAUCUGUGGUAGAUAGUUACCAGUAUUCUUACUUCAUUCCUCGAGAAAAUGGCCGUUACAACGUCGCUUCCUACUACAUUUUGGACGUGGCUUCUUGCGUCACCGACACCCCAUGCGGGUUGCCCGUCUUCGUCAACACAAUUUGGCCGACUUAUUACAUACUAAACGAAUGCGGCAAAACCAUCCGACUCCCGCCUCUAAAUCCCGGAGGACGAUUUAUGGUGUUCUCACAUCCCGGGUUUGGAUGCCUGGCUUUCCCCGACGGUCCAACCUACAACUGCAGCGUCACCUUCACGACAGCUGCUACACUGGUCCUUAACUAUUAUGGUUAUUUUUCUGGCGCUGACGGGUCCUGCGGCGGCUACACGCUGGGCCUUGAAACAAGUUCCCCCGAGAGAUCAGGACAAGUUAAUUGGUGCACUGAUAGAUGGGUUGGGGAAUCCGAUUCUGUAACUUUCCUUCUCCGAGGCACUGCGGCGGCGAAGACGUUCAAAGCGGGGUUCUCCGUUUCUAUGAGAUAAGUGAAGAGACUGGCAGCCUAGUGUCUACGUGUCUACCUCCUAGUCUCA